AUGACGAAACGACGCUCCUUAAAGGAGGAACCCAUUCCCGAAGUCUACCAAGACAUGCUUGCGGAGGCGGACUCGGCAGCAUCAAACCCGCAAGACACACAUAGGGCGACAAAACGACGCAAGAUGAGCCUGAAAACGGCUGCAGUACGUGAAGCAACACCAAAAUUUCCGUCCAAACCUAUUGAAGAAACGUCCACGAAACCUCUGCAGACUGUGUACGAUCUAGAUGCGACGGAAGAAUCGGACGCGGAAGAAUGGGAGGAUGUAAUACCGCUGGCGGUUUAUUCAGCGGAUAAUUCUCUCUCCACGGAUUCUCAACACAAUGAAUCCCUACAAAUUACCUUGGAAGCCCCUGGGGCAAAGAAUAAGCAGAAAGCUGUCUCACGCCGGAAACCCGUAUCUGGCCUGGAGAAGAAAUGGCGUUUGGACAUACACAAAACUCAUUUACUCUGUCUUCUUAGCCAUGUCCAACUGCGGAAUUCAUGGUGCAAUGACGACAAAGUGCAGAGAAAUCUCAAGCGCAUAUUGUCGAAGCACACAGUACAGUGUCUCAAUCCUAGUGAAGAUUUGCCACAAUUUUCCCGUUCGACCACCUUUGCUGAUGGCCUAAAACAAGCCGCCGAUACAUUCCAUCGACGAUUCAAAAUCACUGCCUCCGGAAUGAGACGGUCUUAUUGGCUUGAAAAUCUAGAUGAAACUUCAAUUACGCUUCCGGCCUCUACGGACAUCGUACUUUCAAAAUCCGAUUUUCGAAAACAAGCUACGAACUUACAAGGAUCUCGUGACCUUGGAGCACAAUUUUUCUGUGCAAUGCUUCGCGGUGCAAAUGUAGAUGCUCGACUUGUCUGCUCACUGCAGCCUCUCCCCUUCAGUGGGGUGGCUAAAAGUGAAUUGCCUACAAAAAACUCUGGGCAAUGCAUGGUUAUUGUUGACGAGAACACAAAGCCCUCAAAUCAGUCGGAUAAUGUUGGCGAUUCGAACUCCCUUAGUGCAAAAUUAACAGCAACACAAAGGCUACGUAGAUUUGGACAUUCGCGGUUUUCGCCGGGCCCUUCAAAGGCGCCGAAGCCGAAAGUUGCGUCUGGGAUAUAUUCAUCUGCAAUUUGCGAGUCGUCGUUCCCGGUCUUCUGGGUCGAAGCUUUCAACGAAGCAAUGCAAAAAUGGGUUGUUGUCGAUCCACUUGUUACCAAUACAAUUGCAAAGCCUUCUCGAUUUGAGCCGCCAGCGAGUGACCGAUAUAAUAAUAUGAGCUAUGUAAUCGCUUUCGAAGAAGAUGGUUCUGCUCGUGACGUAACCAAGCGCUAUACCAAAUUCUACAACUCGAAAACAAGCCGAACAAGAGUUGAAUGUACCAAAGACGGUGAAUCAUGGUGGGAAAGCACCAUGCAAUUCUUUGAGAACCCGUUUCUGGCGGAUCGUGACCAGCUAGAGAUUGGCGAGCUUACCGCUAAAGCAGCUGCGGAAGGAAUGCCUCGAAAUGUGCAAGAUUUUAAAAACCAUCCAAUAUAUGCUUUGGAAAAACAUCUUCGCAGAAAUGAAGUUAUCCAUCCUAAGAGAGAAAUUGGAAAAGCUGGCCUUAGUAAGUUAUCUACUUCAAGCAGAACACGUCCUCUGGAGUCCGUGUAUCGUCGGUCCGACGUGCAUAUCGUGAAAAGUGCAGAUGGUUGGUAUCGUCAAGGGAGGUGUGUUAAGUCCGGUGAACAACCUUUGAAACGGGUACCGAACUCUAAAAAAAAGAUAAACAUCGAAAUAGACGACGAUGACCUCGAAGCCUCUCAAGAAAUACCAUUGUAUGCGGCAUUUCAAACGGACCUUUAUCGCGCCCCCCCCGUUGUGAAUAAUUGUGUACCGAAAAAUGUGUAUGGGAAUAUUGAUGUUUAUGUACCCAGCAUGGUGCCAGAUGGUGCUUUCCAUUUGAAGCAUGAUGAUGCAGCUCGUGCGGCGAAAAUUCUGGAUAUUGAUUAUGCGGAUGCUGUUACCGGAUUUCACUUCAGAGGCAGACAUGGCACCGCAAUACUCCACGGGAUUGUUGCCUCACUGGAAUAUCAUGAUGCUCUUCUUGCUAUAAUUGAAUCCCUGGAGGAUGAACGUGUGCAAGCCGAGCAAGAUCGUAGAACAGCAGCAGCGUUACUGAUGUGGAGACAGCUUUUACUUAAGCUUAGGAUUGCUGAGCGUGUCCAAAGCUAUGCAUUCGAAGAUGAGAACGAAAGCUCUGGAGACACCGCAGCUACAGAGUCAAUAUAUUCUAAUGUUAAAGAGUCUGGCUGUUGGGUUUUAUGCAACGAUACCGGGCAAACACAAGCUUUACCUGAUAAACCCAAUGAAACAUCAAACUUGAGCAAUAUAUCUACAGCGCAGUCUCAAAUAAAAAAUCCAGGCGAGAGCAGCAAUGACACUUUGGCCAUAUAUUCCCACACUAGUGUUACCCCGAACUCAGCUUCCCAAGGCAGGUAUACGCUCGUGGUAAUUCCGAAGCCUAAUACUUCGGGUACUCCGGCUAUUCCUGGGCCUCCGUCAGGUAUCUACACUACACCGUCGCCACCAGCCCGAUCGGCUUCUCCUGGUGGAAUAUCAGCAGGGCACACACACAGCUUAUGCCAUUCAGUUAAUCGACUUUCUCUUCCCAAUAAAUCCCACACUGAUUCACGCCGCUCUGUAAGCGUGGAGGAAAUACCAGGCUUGCCGGAUCUAGUGCAUCACGACUCUGACAGUGAGAUUGACGAUCAAAAUUCGAUGAUCUCGCAUGACCCAGAAGAUGAUGACGCAGAACCUGAAUGGCUCCUUUCAGAUUAA